AGCUAAGUUCACGUGAUAGCUGGUGAUAGCGUAACAAUACAAUUUGUGAACAUCUUUUUGCUUCUCAUAUAAUACUUAUUUUAAAAAGUAUAAAUAGACACGUAUAUUAAUGACUAUUUUUAAUUACAAAACACACUUAUGCAAACUUUACAUAUUUGCCUCUUACAGAAAGGAUGUUUACUUUUUACAAUUGUAUCAUGUCAAAAAAUCAAUUCCUUAGGUUAAUUUUCAAAAAUGGUUUACGUAACCAUAAACUUAUGACAAAAUAUUGUUCAGGCCUAGUCGCCUAUACACAUAAUCUUGCUGUACAAAAACAAGAAGUAGCUAAACAAAGUAUACAACCUGUUAAUAAAUUUGUUUCAAGAACUCAUACAUGUGGCCAAUUGAAUAUUGAAAAUGUAGGAGAUAGUGUUCGAUUAUAUGGCUGGUUGGAGUUUCAGAGAAUGAACAAAUUUAUGACAUUAAGAGAUGCAUAUGGGUCUACGCAACUUAUUAUACCUGACAAUAGAACAGAUUUGGAAGAGAUAGUCAAGAAAUUAAACUUUGAAAGUGUAAUAAGUGUAACAGGUAAAGUAUAUGGGAGACCAAAGGGCCAAGAAAAUAAACAAAUGAAAACUGGAGAUAUUGAAGUACAAGUAGAGUUUUUGGAAGUUUUAAAUGUUGCAAAACCAAAUCUACCACUCUUCAUUAGGGAAUUUAAUAAAGCAAAAGAAAGCACACAAAUGAGACAUAGAUAUCUGUCUUUAAGAUAUCCUGAAUUGCAAAGAAAUUUAAGAUUACGUUCAAGAGUCAUAGCAAAGAUGAGAGAAUAUUUAAUCAAAGAAUGCAAUUUUGUGGAUAUAGAAACCCCAACACUAUUUAAAACUACUCCUGGAGGUGCUCAAGAGUUCGUAGUACCAACAAGACACCUGGGACAAUUUUAUUCUCUAGUACAGAGUCCUCAACAGUUUAAACAGCUACUGAUGGUUGGUGGUUUUGAUAGGUACUUUCAAGUUGCUAGAUGUUACAGAGAUGAAACUGCUAGACAUGACAGACAACCUGAAUUUACACAGCUAGAUAUAGAAAUGUCAUUCGUUGAUUCCGAAGGGAUAAUGGAAUUAAUUGAAAAUUUGUUAGUGUAUUCUUGGCCUGAAGAUUCAGAAGCAAUAACUAGACCUUUCAAGCGUUUUACUUAUGACAAAGUAAUGGAAUUGUUUGGUACAGAUCAACCAGAUUUAAGGAUACCAUAUCAACUUCAUAGACUUACAAGAAUAAUUGAAUAUUCAGUAUUAGAAGAAAAUUUAAAAAUGAAAUGGGAAGAAAACUUUGAAAUGUACGCCUUAGUUUUUCCCAAUAAGCAUGAUUUCCUUACGAAAUCUAUGAAAGAAAGUAUUUCUAAACUACAGCGCGACUAUUUUCCUUCUGUAAGAUUAAUUCAAUUAAAAGUAUCUAAUGAAUCAUCAACACAAACGAAUAAAAUUUACUCUAAAAUUGUAAAAGGAAAUGUGCAACAGAAAUUAGAUUUAAACGAAGGAGAUGUUCUAUUCUUAGCUUUUGGAAAUAAAUUUCCCACUCAAUCACUACUGGGAAAAGUGCGCAUUGAAUUUACAAAUAUACUGGAGAGUAAAGGUCAAAGAAUUCGUACUUCUAAAAACGAAUUGUUAUGGGUUACUGAUUUUCCAUUAUUUUCAUAUAAUACUGAAGACAAUACUUUAGAAACCAUGCAUCAUCCAUUUACCCAUCCUCAUCCAGAUGAUAUUCAAUAUUUUUCUGAGACACCAAACAAGGUUAGGGGAUUGCAUUACGAUUUAGUUAUGAACGGUUCAGAGAUUGCUGGAGGAUCAAUACGAAUUCACGAAGCAACUUUGCAAAGACAAAUAUUGAAAAUGUUAAAUAUAGAUGCAUCAAUGUUAUCACACAUGCUUGAUGCUUUAGAAUGCGGUGCACCACCUCAUGGUGGGAUUGCUAUAGGACUGGAUCGUCUGAUGUGUUUACUGUGUAAAGCGGAGAGUAUAAAAAACGUAAUAGCAUUUCCAAAAACUAUGGAGGGCCGAGAUUUGAUGUCGGGAGCACCAAUUCCAAUUUCUGAUGAAGACAAAAAGCUGUAUCACAUACAAACGAUAAUGGAAUAAAAUAAUACUUAAACAA